UCAAACGCACCAGCUGCAACGCAAGGGAAGGAGAUAUUGGAGGCACGCCAAGCACAGCAGCGAGAUGGGCGACCUCGAGGACAAAAUCCUGAAGAAGAAUAUCCCCGGCAAGUACACAUGGUGGGAAAAGGACAGCGACGAAGAAGGGGAGACCGCUCGGGCGGACUGGGUAGACCGGGAGGCGAGCGACCCCGAGAGGGAGAUGACGGAGAUGGAGAAGCAAAAGAAGUGGGUAGACAACGAUUGCCCCGAGCCUAUCCGGCGGACGAUCAUGGCGCGGCAGGAGAAGGAGAGGGCGAGGACCGGCGUGAAGGGCGUGCUGGCUGAUUUCGACGCCUGGAAACUCUCGGCGGAUGCGGAGGAUCUCAUUGCUAAGGAGUACCGAGCGGCGAUGCUCAAACGCAUGGCGGAGGGUCAUACGGUUCCAGGUCCCUUGGCUGCCACCACCAUCACCACCGCCACCACCGGCGACGGCAACGACGGCAGUGACGACGAUGACGACGACGACGACGAGGGUUUCCUAGGGAGCUAUCGCCGAAGGCGGUUAGAGCAACUCAAGGCCACCGCGGGGCGGCCGCAGUUCGGGCAGAUCGUGGAGGCGGAGCGCUCAACGUUCGUGUCGGCGGUGGACACAGAGGACCCCAGGACUAGCGUGGUCGUGCAUCUGUACGAGCCGUACAUCGACGCUUGUCGCCGAAUGAACAGGUUCUUGGAGGUUUUGGCGGCCAAGCAGCCCACGGUGAAAUUCCUGCGUCUGAGGAGCUCCGCGGCAGAGGGGGGCGACUACGACCCAGUGGCCCUACCGACGCUGCUGCUCUACAGGGCGGGGGAAGUAGUCGGGUGCAUGACACGUGUCACUGACGACAUCGGGGAGAACUUCACGCAGGACGAUGUGGAGUGGCUGCUGCAGGAACACGACGUUUUCGAGGCAAGCAUUACAGUAUCCACAAGUGUCGGGGGCAGGGGCAGGGGGAGCGGGUGAAGGGGCUGCGAGGGGUGUUCACUGCAUGUCGACCGGCCGAGGGCGAAGAGAAGAUGGCCUCGAUGACAGCGACGAUGAGGCUGGCAACGACAGCUGAUUCUAUGGGCUAUUGGCUACAAAGUAGCCGUUGUUUUUGGUAUGAUCAAAUGUUGGUGUUGUCGGGCUUGUGACCUGUUGAUGUGUUAUAUAUGUUGUGGUGGCUGGUCUAGAUGGCGACGUGGUUGUGUACCCGGAUUUGCCCGUGGCUGGCGCGUCAACGGGUUUCAUUUGGAAAUUGGAGGGAGAGGUUUCGCGGCGUUUUUUCGACCAGGAUGGCCCCGGUGGUCUGGUUGGAUGCUGCACCGUCUUCUCGCGGCUAGGGUUGAGUUUCGAAUCUCGGGAUGUUUCGUUAUUUUGCGCCGCCCAGUUGACCCAGUUCAGCAGCACUGUUGAAGGAAUUGAUACAAACAACGUUGUAGGAAUUGUUUGAUUGUUGUGAAGGUUGUAAAUGAAUGCUCGGAAACAGAGCCCCGGAACCCAUUUAACCGAUUCACGUGUCGCCUAACCUGCAAGCUGAAACUGUUUAUACGAAGUACUGGUAGGCAUUUUUCGGGGUUGAAUGCAUGGCGUCCCCGGGUUCCGAUUGUAUAGUCGUUAUUCCCAUAUUCCAACUAGCGGGACGUCGUUGUGGGCGGCGCAGAGCAGCUCGAUGCUCUUAGAAGUGCCUACAGUCAGCAAGAUUGCAAAGCAGGAGACCACAACUGUGGUUGCUAUGUCGAGGGGACUUGGAGGCAGGGUUGCGCGUGAGUGAGAUCUGUGCGUGAUAGUUGUAUGCAGUGCAGAGUGUGUGUGAGCAAGAAAGUGCCGUUCAAUCCGGGUCGAGCAGCAGAGGAAAAAGAAAAAAAUAUCUGGGCCUCGAACCAUUCACAGAAGCAUGGAACGAAAUCGACAGGAGGCACAUCCCUGUGCUAUCCAGAACUCGGGUGAGAAGAGGGCAGCGGAUAAUAUUUCAACCGCCCCCGAGAUUCAGAGAUUGGAGAUUCCAUUCAAUUCGAAUUACCAUCCAGCGAUCUAGACUAUUAGGUAGCAUGGUACACCUCAAGGCAAUUUGAAUUUUCGAAAAUUGCACAGCAGGAGGGACAACAAGAACCCCAAGUUUUGGCCCUGUUUCGCCGAUCAGAGUGGUAACGCAAACCAAGAAAAAGGGGCGGCACGUGAGCUGCUACCCCCAAUAUCCACACCACCGAUCUGCGGAUCUUCGACCGUUCUCUAUUUCACGUGGACGUGACACCGUAGUGGGGAGAGGGUGGAGAGCGGUGCUGCUUGUCGUUGGUGCGUAGCUGCCUAUAGGUGCCAAGGGUGAGCUUCUCGGCCCCCAGGUCUAUUUGACAUGCUUUUCUCGGAAAUUAGACCAUGCAUGUAAUCACCCCACCAUCCCCCUGCUGUCCAUCCGGCGUCGCAAGUGUUCGUGUGUUGACGAUAAGAGUUGAUAAGAGACUCAAAUAAUUGCGCCGCAUCUUAAGCGUAUUUUUUCGGGCCCGUUCGAGCUCUCUUCCUUUCAAACCACGUUCCAUCCUCCUCCCCCGCUAGGCACUCUGCACCACCCAGCACGCUGCACUGUCUGCGCUGCGUGUCAGCCCUGCUGUUGCUGUGUGCGAGACGCCACGCCCAUCACACCGACACAUCAAUCUGCGCGAACAUCAAUAAUCAAUAGUUCGGCAGGUAUGCCCUCCUAUUACUCCAAGUGCGAAGUGCGAAGUAUAGCUUUCAGGAACAGUAGGACCGUACCAAGCGAGCGUCCGGUCGUACCUGCAUUAUCCCGUAGGUGCGGAUGCCGGACAGUCCCCAUGGAGAAAAGUCACGACGAGAAAGGUGGAGCUUAACCCCCUACGACAAAAGCAUUUCCCUGUUCCCUGGUGCCCAUUUUCAUGUUGACCUGAAGCCAGACCGGCAGGCGCUCGUACGGUCUGUAUUGCAUUCUAGCUAUGCUGUUGUAGGAGGCUUUGAAAAGAAGACACGCUAAAUUAUAGCAGCGGCGUGUGUUGGCGCGCUCACAUCUGCUACUUGGGGGGUGACAUUGAGGGUCGCAGUGCAUUAUUGACUCUGCAUUAUUUAUAGCGGCCCGCAGUUAAGAAACCCCUUACCACGCACAGAAAAUUCGACGUUCUUGCGAAAUUUCUGAAAUGUAAGAAAAAGAGCGAGCGACGCCUGCUGAUUGGAUGGUGCAGACAGUUCCAUCCCUGGGUGCAAGUGCAAAGCUGCCUGCCCGCUUGAGCCGUCUCUUGUCAAUAAUUCCUAUCAAAUGUCCCCUCGAUCAAGGGGACAUUUGAUAGGGAUUAUAGACAGGAACUGGCGGGAGCGUGGUCAACGGGGCACGAAAAGGAGGUUUCAAGAUAUUUCUUUAGAGGGAAAGCGAGACCUGCUAAGGGCCGUUUUAAACUGACCGACUUUUUGUCAAAAUGUUUGAAAGUGUCAAAAAAAUGGAACCUGUAUGUAGGCGUUUGUCCAUAUUUUUUCAAAAUAUUUGGAACGAAGUUGGGCGCGAAAACUUUGCUCCACUUCGUUCCAACUUUUUGACAACCCUCUCAAAGUAUUUGGAGCACUUUCCAAAGUACCCUUGCAGAGGCACGCGAGGGCUGCUGCGUCUGCACCACGAGUGCCCCUCACCGUAGAAAGUCAGCUAGGGUUGUGUGUGGGUCAUGGCCGACCGUAGAAAGCGCGGCGCGCCUACAGAUUCGAGCGGCUCUCCUCGCCCACGGGCACGCGCAAUACAAAAAAAAAAACGGCGGUCCGCCAUGAUGGCUUGCAGUUGUUGCUUCGCGUCCGCCGCUUUGUUUUUUCCUUUUCCCGGGGGGGUAGGAGCAGUGGUUGCCACCCCUCGCCGGCGGAGUGUUGGUGGCGGCAGCGCCUCCCGUGGUAACAUGAGUGUUCCCCGAGAUGCCAGGCAGCAGCACUAUCUUGCUGGAGAGCAAGCCUCCACCGCCUACGGCGGCACCGAGAGAGCCCGUCUGCUGGAAUUUCGCCGGGGUUUUGGUCUGCCGGCCACGCUGGGUGGUCGUGAUAUCCAUGUCGGUGUCCAUGAUGUCGUGUUUUCCGCGGUUUGUGUUGUGUCGUCUGUGUUGUCUCGAAGUGAGCGCUACAACUCACGGACGGCGUCAUUUUUUUUUACACAAGUUGCACAAGUCUACGUCACACGUUUAAAAUGACUGCACACAGGUUCCAAGUUUUUGAAAGACAACUGUCGAAAAUUUUGACAAAAAAGUCGGUCCGUUUAAAACGGUCCUAACCCAAGCCCUAGGUUGCCCGGUGCCUCCUAUCAACGGUGGGCUAGGUACUUCUUCCGCGCUUGCCCCUAGGAGCGCUUUCCACCCAAGGGUAGACGUGCUGAAGGGAUUGCAGGUGUACCUCCUCGGGCUUGCGUACCCUUUCCUUGCUAAUAGUGUGUGUGUUCUUUAGAUCUUCUGAUGGCUCUAGCAUUUUUGUGACCACGGACCGAGUCUUUGCUAGAUUUUGGGAUUAGCAACUGACACGAGUUUAAUAAACAACAACAACAACAACA